CACACGACUAGGACUGUCUGGUUUAUAUACCUCCACUAGCCAUUGACGAAAUCACUUGAAAGACAUGUGCUACACAUACGUAUUACUGUUCAUUAAUGCUAUUGUUGUAGCAUUGAUGGCUAUGUACGUAUAUGAAAAUGAAAGAAGAAAGGUGGAAAUUUCAGCCAAGCAAGAUCGAACAGUAGAUACCUGCACAUCUCCAUACGAGAGGAUAGGAGAUGGAUGUUACCUAAUUAUCAACUACAAAGUGUCUGGGGAUGCUGCAUUUGCACUUUGUACAGAACGUGGUGCAUACUUGGCAAAUUUUGAAACACUUGAGGAAGCUAUGACAAUGAAGUUAAAAUUACAACGUAUGAACACAGGGUUACAUUACUACGUUGGUGGUCGUAACAUAAAUCAUUAUAUACCUAUUGGAGAUUGGAGAUGGAUCAAGAACGGAAAGAUGCACAACUUUACAUACUAUGCAUUUGAUGCUGGUCAACCAAAUGGGAACAGUAAACUACCCCAGGACUGCAUGUUCUUCUAUGCUGCCGUUAGCUACAAAUUCCAUGAUGUUCCCUGUGACUUCAAAGAUUUAUUCGGUGGUUACAUUUGUGAACAAUGA